AUGGUCCUAGCUUUGCUGUUCUUAGCCGGUCACAUGGCAGACUACGCUGCUAAGGUGUUCCUCCUUGUGAGUUUGUGGCGUGAGGGUUUCAAGGAACAUUUCCUGGUUCUCCUUUGUGCACACCUCAUGGCGGGCAUGCGCAAGGCCUACGAGUUUCAGGUUGGUAGCUGGGUGGCGUUGUUCUUCGUGCCCAUCAUGGGUGUGGCAACGCCGCUCUUGGAGGCCCUGCACUUGGCCGAUGCCCUGGCUGCGUGGUGGCGCGGCCAGGACCAGGGUCGAAGAUUGCCACUGCGAGCUGCUCCCUUAGAGGUUAUCCUGGAGGGUUUGGUCUUCCUCUUGGGAACGCUGCACUUGCGCGUUGCUUUGGCCUUAGGCCACGAAAGCAUCUCCGAUCCAGCAGUGCACCUGGAGGCUUCGUUGUGUUUGGUUCUUUGCACCUCCUUGAGCAGUGUCACAGUGGGCUUGGUCCUGGUGGAUAGCGCCUUAUCCCUGAAACUGACCCGGGCGCUGUACGGCACCAGUACGCCGCGUACGCGCCGCCUUUGCAUCCCCAUCUUUGCUGCGCAUUUGGCAUACCGGGCUUGCGAGGUGGCAGCACAAAGCGCGCUGCUGACUUUUUUGUCGUUCAUGCUUUUUCCCCAGCACUUUGCAAAGUACCUGGCAGCACUUUACUUGCUAAACUGCCUGGUUCUGGUUGGGACUCAAGUUACUCAGGCACCGGUGGUGGGUUCGUCCCUGGUGAUUGCCUGGCCUCUGAUGUUUGCCAAUCUCCCGCAGUUUGUGGACUCGCCCAAGCACUAUGCUGCUGCCCAAAGUGCCUCCAGUCUCGUGACCGCCGUGCGAGCCAUUGAGCUUUCAGCGGCGGUGAGUUUGGUGGCCGCUGGGUGGCUCAUGGAGGGUGAGCCAGAACCAGUUGGAAGACACCACCAUCACCAUCACCGCGAAGCUUGGGUGCUGGAUCCCCCAGUGGCGCAUUUGGUGAAAGCCUUGCAGGACUUGCGACAGAGGGUUUGGUCUGCUUCGUGGCUUCUUUGCAUUCUCGUACACUACAUUUGCAUGGUCAUUAGGUGGUGUAGCUGCACCACGCCCUCCAACACCCUGGUCGUACCGCUAUUGCCACACCGACCAGUAGAGCUUCCCUCUUCAGGGGCAGCCUCCAUUCGCCGUGGAAUGGCGAUGCCAGAUAUAGAGAUCAUGAGCGACAAGGACUUCUGGCCACCUGCCUUGGGCCUUUCACAGUUGCUGCUCAGCGCCUUCUGCGAACGAGCACCCUUCGCACUGCCAUUCUUCUCCUCCGUCCCCUCUCCGGCGAUGCAGUCCUCCGCCAGGCAAACUCCGCGGCCUCCACGCCUUGAGGACUUUGAUACUAUCGGCCUCAUUGGCUAUGGCGAGUUUGGGAAGGUCUUUCAGGUUAGAGAUCGGGCGUCACAACAGACCUUUGCGGUGAAGAGCCUGUCCAAAGAAUUCUAUGCGCGGAAACAGAUGACGGAUAAGGCGAGGAGAGAAAUUUCGACCUUGAACUUGGCGCAGGAGCACCCCUUCAUCGUCCGAUUGGUCCAUGCGCUGGAGACCGCCAAUGAG